CCCAAAAAAGCAAUUGUAUGAUAAUAAGUCAUCGUAAACAUCUUCAGUUAAAAUUGCUGGUUUUUACAAUAACAGAAUUUCAAAGCACAUUUAAAAAAUCUUUCAGUAAAGGUGCCUUAAGAAUACCAAGUAAUUUUAAUCAGAAGAUCUAUCCUAUCAUUCUGAGUUCGGUGUGAAGGAGGCAUCCAGUGGUGUGGGUUGCCUCUUCCUACUUCCUGAGAAAAGGCAGGGGACAUGUGACCUAGAACUUCUGCCAUUAGGUCCUGUCUGAUAGAUGCUUCCACAGUUUGUUCCCCGUCUUGCCCAGGAACAGAGUCCCUUGGCUUUAGUACCUAUGGCCUCUGCCACAUACUCCUCCUUCAUUGUUUUCUUCUGGACAUCCACCUUGCUGAAACCUCUUUUCUUGUCUUUUCUCCCUCCAUUUACCUCUUUAAAAGUAAAACAAUUUUUUUUCUUUGCCUGCUUUCUUCUCCCCUGCCCUUGGCUCCUUCUGGAAGGCAAACUGCCAAAUCUGGAUUUUAAAAUAGGCCAGCAACAUGUUUCUGUCACUAAAAGCUUCAGACCUAAUGCAAGUCUCCAUGGCUCUUUGAGCCAUGCCUGAGUGGAGCAGGCAGAGAUCUCUCCCCUUUGCCAGCUGCAACCCAUCCAUGCCAGCAACUGCUGUUAACAGGGCUUCCCAGUAAGGCAGCAACCAUGGAGAAUUCAGGGCAAACCUAUUCCCUCCAGCACAGUUGAUGUGAAGGGAGACUGCAUGCAUAUGCCCAGCACCUUAUCUCAUACUUAUUAGAUCCAUUCCUUUAGUGUCAUAAGACAAUUUCCAAGGAGGAUUUUUUUUUGCUGGGUUCAACUAUAAUCACUGAAUGGAAGUGCAGCAUGACAUUAACUUCAUUAUCUCUCUUCAGCCUGCCAGCAAAGACCACUCUCCGUUAAAAACAACCCACCACUUACUGCUUCUCAGACUUUGUAUAUGAUCUUUGUUUCUGGUUAGAGUCCGGGGGGGAGGCCUGCAUGAGACUUGGUAGCAGUGAGGUCUGCCUGGCAUCCUUUGGUGCCAUUUGGCAGAUUAUGGUGAUGAUUUUGCUGUCUAUGGAUGAUGCGGUUUUGCUGUUUUGUUGAGUUGUUUUAUAGACUUUUACAUGGCUUUUAUUAUAAUGUGUUUAAUGCCAUCCUUUAUGCUUUUAAAAUCAGAAAGUUGCUUCAAGAUUUCUCUGUCAACCAACUAAUAAAUUGCUGCUGCUGCUGCUGCUGCUGCUGCUGCUAAUAUAAGGCAUCUUUCUGUGUUGUGGAUGCCACCUUAGUCACUACAGGCAGCAACUGUUUUAUACGUGUCCGAUAUGUGUGUGACCACAACUGCUCGCAUUGCGGCAAACCCAGAAGUUAGCCAAAAAUAUCCCAAAAAGGGGCAGAACAGGGUGGGGGCGGAACAGGGUGUUUGCAGACUUUUUCAAUGGUGUUUCAAAUAUACGCAAUUUCACUUAAACAUGCGGUGCCUUGGAACCUAACCCCCAUGUAAAUUGGGAGCUGCCUGUAUUUAAUUUUCUGCCAAGGCUAUAGCAGCCAAUACUAUGGGCAGGAGAUCAAUUUGGCCUCACCACUGGAAUCUUGAUUUUGCCUCCUAAUGUAAUUAGUUCCUGUCCUCUGUAAAGACGCUUGCCCCUUUGGUGAAGAUCAGUCUGAAGUUCUGGUAGAAAUGAGGGACAAGCAUAAAGUUGUGUCCUAGCGCCAGCAAUGGCCAAUGGCUAUAGCUCAGUGGUAGAGCAACUGCUUUACAUAUGGAAGGGCCCAGGUUCAAUUCCUGGCAUCUCCAGGUAGGACUAGGAAACUGACAGUCACUGCAGACGGUAUUGAUGUAGAUCAGGCAUGUCAAACCUGCGGCCCUCCAGAUGUUUUGGACUACAAUUCCCAUCUUUCCCAACCACUGGUCCUGCUAGCUAGGGAUCAUGGGAGUUGUAGGCCAAAACAUCUGGAGGGCCGCAGGUUUGACAUGCCUGAUGUAGAUGAACCAAUGCUUUGACUUGGUAUAAGGCGCCUUCCUAUGUUCCUGUGCUUCUAAAAGAGGGAGGACAAAGGAUAGCCCAGGCAUAAGUAGUAUUCUGUCAAAUCCAGAAAAAACUGUGUUCUCCAUAAACCUGAGAAUGUCAUGGCACACACUACUAGAAGGCCAGCUAUUCUCCACUACUAUGCCUCUCAGUGAGAUCUACUGAGCCAUCACAUGUGCCAAGGAGCUGUCAAGCGAGCCCAGGCUGACCACAGGGCAGAGACACACAGAAGGCACAGAAUCCGAUUAGCUUUUUAUUAUCACAAAAUAUAAACAUAGUCCUUUGGUUCGUCUUAAUCCAGCUGAGAGGUUGCUGAAACUGACCACUGGCCCUGCCCUUCCCUCUCUAGUCUAUCCCUCUGGAUCCUUCCCAAGCAAAUGAAGGCUGCAUUGAGGGGGUGGGCACCUCCUCUGGUCCUGUUGCUCAGUAAUGUGCAUAACUCUCCUCAUUUGAGGUAUCAGAGCAGGAGAGCCAGCAGGACAGAGGGCAACCUCUGACUCCUCUAUCUAAGUCUGCACUCAUACUGUGACUCUCAGCCUCUAAUCCUGUCCUGGAAGUGCCUCCUUCUCCUGAUCCCCUUUGAUCAUACUCCCUGCUUCUAGCACCUCCCAGCUCAGGCUUCCUCAACCUCGGCCCUCCAGGUGUUUUGAGACUACAAUUCCCAUCAUGGGGGUUGUAGGCCAAAAACAUCUGGAGGGCUGAGUUUGAGGAAGCCUGUCCCAUCUCAUCCCUUCUGCAGACUGCUCUUCAGUGUUCCAUCACCAUGAUCCGGGAUCUAACUCGUUUUCUUCUGUGUCCUUCCUGGGGGCUCUUGGGCAGCCGGCUCCCACCACUCUUUCUCAUCUAGCCAGUCCCUGACAACAUCUGGAGGGGGGUCUUCAUGCAGCCCUGUUUUUCCCAGAAAACAAAAAGCUAAAGUACUCCUAGGAGAAGAAGGUUUGGAAGAUGACACUGAAACAAGACCUGAAGGCAGCAGCGCAAGUUUCUCAGCUACUAUGAAGAGUGAAUUAACUAGUGAAGUAGCUGCUUCAUCAGCUUUGUCAACAGCUGCGCCUGCAAGUUCAGGAGCUGAUUCCUCAAGUUAUGACAUCAUAACUGAGCAACCACGUUCUCAGCACACAUUGCAGACAGAGUCAGAUCUGACAAGUUGUGAUUUGACAAGUUCGGCUAACAAAGGAGAUGCUGAGGAUGACGUUCUUAGCGGAAGCUCCAGCAAAAUCAGUGCUGUCCAGUCAGACCUUAUGGUGGACUUGAAUGAUGGCACUCGGGCCUCCUCUCCCAUUAGUGACAGCUCUCAGACAACGACAGAAGGCCCUGAUUCAGCCGUCACCCCCUCUGACAGUUCAGAAAUGAUUCUUGAGGGAACUGAAAGCCAGUAUUCUGGAAUGCAGAUUGGACAGCUUCAAGAUGAGGAAGAUGAAACUGCAAAUGUCCUCCAGGAUGAGUCAGCCGAGGCUUUCAGAAAUUCUUGUGUUGCCCUUCAACAACCCCAUUUAUUAAAGACCAUGGGUCAUAGCAGACAGCCUUCCAACAGCAGUAUGGACAAAUUUACAUCAAAAGAAGAACUGGACCCCAAUGAUUAUGAAAAUAAGCUCUCCAGAAUUAAAGGAGAUAUUGGUUGUUAUACGGAUGGAGAUGCUGCUCCGCUAGUUCACUGUGUCCGUCUCCUGGCUGCCUCUUUUCUUCUUACAGGAGAGAAAGGUGCACUGGUUCCUGAUAAAGAUGUAAGAGUCAGCGUAAAAGCCUUAGCAGUGAGUUGUGUAGGAGCAGCUGUUGCACUCCAUCCCGAAGCUUUCUUCAGCAAACUCUAUAAAAUGCCUUUUGAAGCCACCAAAGAAGAGGGCGAAGAACAGUAUAUAAAGGAUAUUGUGAAUUAUAUUGAUCAUGGAGACCCCCAGAUUAGAGGAGCAACUGCCAUUUUAUGUGGAACGAUUGUUUAUUCCAUUCUCAGUAAAUCUCGCUUUGAUGUGGAAAAUUGGCUAGCAAACAUAAGAGCUUCAACAGGAAACAGCUUUUCACUAGUAGACUGUAUACCCUUAUUGCAAAGGACUCUGAAAGAUGAGUCCUCCGUCACAUGCAAACUGGCUUGUACAGCUGUACGGCAUUGCAUCAUGAGUUUAUGCAGUAGCAACUAUAGUGCAUUAGGUUUAAAAUUAAUGGUUGACCUCCUUACACUGAGGAAUAGUGCCUAUUGGCUGGUUAGGACUGAGCUACUGGAAACCCUUGCUGAGGUAGAUUUUCGGCUAAUCAGUUUUUUGGAAGGAGGGGCCGACAACCUGCAUAGAGGUGCACACCAUUAUACCGGCCUUUUAAAACUUCAGGAACGCAUGCUCAAUGAUGUAGUCAUUUCUCUGCUUGGAGAUGAAGACCCUAGAGUGAGGCACAUUGCUGCUGCAGCUUUAAUAAGGCUGGUUCCAAAGCUGUUCUAUAACUGUGACCAAGGGCAAGCUGAUCCAGUAGUAGCAGUGGCAAGGGACCAAAGUAGUGUCUAUCUAAAGCUGCUAAUGCAUGAAACUCAGCCUGCUUCUCAUUUUGCAGUAAGCACUAUCACCAGAACGUACAGAGGAUAUAAUAUAUUACCAAGUCCAACAGAUGUCACAAUGGAAAAUAACCUUUCUAGAGUUAUUUCUGCAGUUUCCCAUGCCUUGACAACAUCAUCAACAAGAUCUCUAACAUUUGGUUGUUGUGAAGCUUUGUGUCUUCUGUCCACAUCAUUUCCAGUCUGCACCUGGAGCGGAGGAUGGCACUGCAGUUUUACUCUACUGGGUUCUACUACCGAAGACUCUCAAAAGAGUAGCACUAUUGGUAUGGCUGGUUUGGUUCUGUCCCUGCUUUCAUCCGCUUGGUUCCCACUAGAUCUUUCUGCACACCACGAUGCUUUAAUACUGGCUGGAAACCUGCUUGCAGCUAGUGCUUCAAAAUCUUUGAAAAACCCCUGGACUAAUGAAGAGGAUGCUAAUACUGGUGGGGCUAAACAGGAGGAGCCUUGGCCAGCUCUAGCAGACAGAACUCUUGUCAUUUUGGUAGAGCAGAUUUUUUCCCAUUUACUGAAGGUCGUUAAUAUUUGUGCUCAUGUAAUGGAUGAUGUUGUUCCUGGUUCAACAAUAAAGGCAACUUUACCAUCUCUAACAAAUCCACCUUCUCUGAGUCCAAUUCGGCGCAAGGGAAAAGAGAAAGAUGUUGCUGAACAGACAUCCGUACCAAUGAGCCCUAAAAAGAGUAGUGAAAACAGCCCAGCUCCCAGGCAAACAGAUGCUUCAGGUCCUGUUCCAACAAGCAAAUCGUCAACACUGGGUAACUUCUAUCAUCUCCCUUCAUAUCUCAAGCUGUAUGAUGUUUUGAAAGCUACCCAUGCUAACUAUAAGGUUACACUGGAUCUCCAGAACAACAAUGAAAAGUUUGGUGGAUUUCUGCGGUCUGCUUUGGAUGUCCUCUCUCAGAUUUUAGAGCUUGCCACUCUUCAAGAUGUUGGAAAAUAUGUUGAAGAAAUUUUGGGUUAUCUGAAAUCCUGUUUCAACAGAGAACCAAUGAUGGCAACUGUAUGUGUGCAGCAGUUGCUAAAGACGUUGUUUGGCACCAACUUGGCGUCACAAUACGAUUGCUUGUCUUCAAAUCCUAGCAGAUCCCAAGGCAAAGCCCAGCGCCUAGGCUCUUCAAACUUGAGGCCCGGUCUUUAUCAUUAUUGCUUCAUGGCUCCUUACACACAUUUUACACAGGCACUUGCUGACGCUAGCUUAAGGAAUAUGAUGCAGGCUGAACAAGAACAUGAUACUUAUGGGUGGUUUGAUAUAUUGCAAAAGGUUUCUACCCAACUGAAAGCUGGCAUGUCAAGUGCAGUGAAGAAUCGUGCUGACAAGAAUAUUAUUCAUAAUCACAUUCGUCUGUUUGAGCCCCUUGUCAUCAAAGCAUUAAAACAGUAUACCACAACAACAUCUGUACAACUACAGAGGCAAGUUUUGGAUCUUCUUGCACAACUGGUUCAGCUACGGGUUAACUAUUGUCUUCUCGACUCCGAUCAGGUUUUCAUUGGGUUUGUGCUAAAGCAGUUUGAAUACAUUGAAGUGGGACAGUUCAGGGAAUCAGAAGCAAUUAUUCCUAGUAUCUUUUUCUUCCUGGUAUUGUUGUCUUAUGAGCGCUACCACUCCAAACAGAUAAUUGGAAUUCCUAAAAUUAUUCAGCUGUGUGAUGGGAUAAUGGCCAGUGGAAGGAAAGCCGUUACGCAUGCAAUACCAGCUCUGCAGCCCAUUGUUCAUGAUCUGUUUAUAUUAAGAGGAGCAAACAAAGCUGAUGCUGGGAAAGAACUGGAGACACAAAAAGAAGUGGUUGUCUCAAUGUUGUUGAGACUUAUCCAGUACCAUCAGGUACUGGAGAUGUUCAUCCUAGUAUUGCAGCAGUGUCACAGAGAGAAUGAAGACAAAUGGAAAAGAUUAUCCCGACAGAUAGCAGACAUCAUUCUCCCAAUGUUGGCAAAACAGCAGAUGCAUAUAGAUUCUCACGAAGCUCUGGGGGUAUUGAACACUUUAUUUGAAAUACUGGCACCAUCAGCCCUCCGACCAGUGGACAUGCUUUUAAGGAGCAUGUUUGUGACUCCCAGUACGUUGGCCUCUGUGAGCACUGUGCAAUUAUGGAUAUCUGGCAUUCUUGCCAUUCUUCGCGUUUUGAUUUCACAGUCGACAGAAGACAUUGUUCUUUCUCGUAUUCAAGAGCUCUCCUUCUCACCAUAUUUAAUCUCAUGCAAAACAAUUAACAGACUACGAAAUGGUGAAAACAAUCUUGCCUCAACUCACGAACAAACUCUGGAAGAGCAAGAUAAAUAUCUGCCUGAAGAGACAUUUUCUAGGUUCUUGUUGCAGUUAGUGGGGAUCCUCUUGGAAGAUAUCACUACCAAACACUUGAAUGUGGAUAUGAAUGAACAGCAGCACACAUUCUAUUGCCAAGAGUUGGGCACGUUGCUUAUGUGCUUAAUUCAUACCUUCAAAUCAGGAAUGUUCAGAAGAAUCACAGCUGCAGCCACUAAGCUUUUUACAGGAGAUGAGCCAGAUGGUGACUUCUACACCCUUAAAAGCUUAAAUGACCUCGUUCAGUCCAUGAUACCCACACAUCCUUCUUUAGUCCUCCUGUGGUGUCAAAUCUUACUACUUGUUAAUUAUACUAACUGUAGCUGGUGGUCAGAAGUGCAUCAGACUCCAAAAAGGCACAGUCUUUCCACUACAAAAUUGUUUAGGCCUGAGAAGCAUGGAGAUUACAUUGAAGCAGAUUCUGAAUCCAAACUUGGUAUGUGUAAUCGAGAGAUAGUCCGAAGAGGGGCACUCAUCCUUUUUUGUGAUUAUGUGUGCCAAAACCUGCAUGAUUCUGAACACUUAACCUGGCUGACAGUGAAUCACGUUCAAGAUCUUAUUAAUCUCUCCCAUGAACCACCUGUGCAAGAUUUCAUUAGUGCCAUUCACAGGAAUUCAGCAGCGAGUGGACUUUUCAUCCAGGCUAUUCAGUCGCGGUGUGAGAACUUUGCAGCUCCAACUGCAGUAAAGAAAACUCUACAAUGCUUAGAGGGGAUUCACCUCAGCCAGUCUGGUGCUGUCUUAAUAUUGUAUGUGGACAAGCUUUUGUGUACUCCAUUCCGUGUGCUGGCUCGCAUGGUCGAUACUCUUGCUUGCCGUCGAGUAGAAAUGCUUUUAGCUGCAACGGUGCAGAACAGCACUGCUCAGUUACCAGUUGAAGAGCUGGAUAGAAUUCAGGAAUAUCUUCAGAAUACUGGAUUAGCACUCAGACACCAAAGGCUCUACUCACUCCUGGAUAGGUUUCGUCUUACUGUAGCACCAGAAACAAUUAGCCCAUCAUCUUUGGUUACUUCACACCCACUGGAUGGGGAGAACCAGCCUGCUCUGGAAACUGUAAUUCCAGAUAAAGACUGGUAUGUUUCACUAGUGAGUUCACAAUGCUACACGAAAUCAGCCUCGGCUCUGUUAGAAGGUGCAGAGUUGGUGAAUCGGCUUCCUGAACCCGAACUGAGAUCUUUUAUGCUACAUAAGGACUUCAACCUGAGCCUUCUAGCUCCAUGUUUAAGUCUUGGCAUGCAUGAAAUCUCCAAAAAUCAGAAGAGCCUUUUUGAAGCUACCCGUUGGGUAACUCUCAGUCAUGUGACAGCUAUCAUACAAAAACUUCCCACCAGUCAUCAGGUUUUUCAGCCAUUGCAGCCAAAUGAAACAUCAGCAUACUGGAAGAAGUUGAGCGAUAUUUUUGGAGACCCAGGGAUGUAUCAAUCUACAAUGGUCUUGUCUCAUGCUUUAAGUCAGCAUCUGGUGUUACUUUCAAAACUGCCACCCUCUCUUCGCAUUCCACCUGACAAAGAAAGUGACAUUCUGAAGUUUGUUGUAAUGUUACUAGAGAUACUUUCUUGGCAUUUGAUACAUAAGCAUAUUCCACUAAGUCUUGAUCUUCAGGCUGUGUUAGAUUGCUGCUGUUUGGCAUUGCAACAACCUAAUUUAUGGAACCUGCUGGCAUCGGUGGCGUAUGUGACACAUGCCUGCUCUGUAAUCAGCUGUAUCAGAUUCAUCAUAGAAGCAGUGGCAGUUGAACCUGGAAAUCAACUUCUUAGUCCAGAAAGGAAGAAGAACAUUACAAAACCUGCAAGUGAGGAUGAAGUAGAUCCACAAAGAGAAAAAUUUGAGUAUAUUGCAACGGCUUGUGAAAUAGUAGCAGAGUUGGUGGAAUGUUUGCAAUCUGUCUUGGCUUUGGGGUACAAGAAAAAUAGCCAUAUUCCAGCAUUCCUCACCCCUGUUCUUAAGAACAUCAUCAUCAGCUUGUCAAGACUGCCGAUAGUAAACAGCUAUGCAAGAGUUCCUCCACUGGUCUGGAAACUGGGUUGGUCUCCAAAGCCCACAGGUGAUUUUGGCACAAAUUUCCCAGAAAUACCAGUAGAAUUUCUUCAGGAGAGAGAAGUAUUCAAGGAGUUUAUCUAUCGAAUUAACACAUUGGGGUGGACAAACCGCAUGCAGUUUGAAGAGACAUGGGCUAGUCUUCUUGGUGUUCUUGUAACCCAGCCAAUUGUAUUGGACCAAGAGGAAAGCCAGCAAGAGGAAGAUACAGAGAGGACCCAAAUAAACGUUCUAGCUGUUCAAGCCAUAACAUCCUUGGUGCUGAGCGCAAUGACAAUACCACUUGCAGGCAAUCCAGCUGUUAGCUGCUUGGAGCAGCAACCUCGAAACAAAGCUUUAAAAGCUCUAGAUACAAGGUUUGGGAGGAAAUUAAAUGUCAUAAGAGGAAUUGUAGAACAAGAAAUCCAAGAAAUGGCAUCCAAAAGAGACAACAUUGCCACCCACCACUUGUACCAGGCAUGGGAUCCUGUUCCAUCUCUUUCUCCUUCUGCUACAGGUGUUCUUAUCGGCCAUGAAAAGCUUUUACUACAGAUCAAUACAGAGCGUGAAAUGGGAAAUAUGGGUUAUAAACUAGGACAGGUCUCUAUCCACUCUGUGUGGCUAGGAAAUAACAUCACUCCACUGCGGGAAGAAGAAUGGGAUGAAGAUGAAGACGAUGAGAGUGAUAUGCCUGCCCCUUCCUCACCACCAUCCUCUCCCAUGAAUUCCAGGAAACAUCGUGCCGGUGUAGAUAUACAUUCCUGUUCUCAGUUCUUGUUGGAGUUGUAUAGUCAGUGGAUUCUGCCCUCCAACCCAGGCAAAAGGACCCCGGUAAUCCUCAUCAGUGAAGUUGUCCGAUCUCUUUUAGCAGUAUCUGACUUAUUUACAGAAAGGAAUCAGUUUGAAAUGAUGUACACAACAUUAACAGAACUGCGGAAGACACACCCAUCAGAAGAUGAAAUUCUUAUACAGUAUUUGGUUCCAGCUACAUGUAAGGCAGCUGCUGUUCUUGGAAUGGAUAAAGUGGUAGCAGAGCCCGUGAGCCGCCUGCUGGAAUCAACAUUACGCAGCACUCACAUGCCAAGCCGCAUAGGAGCCCUACAUGGAAUUCUUUACAUCCUUGAGUGUGACCUGCUUGAUGAAACAGCAAAGCAGCUUAUUCCAAUCAUCUCUGAAUAUCUUCUUUCCAAUCUAAGAGGAAUAUCACACUGUGUGAAUGCCCACAACCAGCAGCAUGUCUUGGUAAUGUGUGCAGUGGCAUUCUAUUUAAUAGAAAACUAUCCUCUUGAUGUAGGGCCUGAAUUCUCUUCAGGAAUUAUACAGAUGUGUGGAGUGAUGUUGUCUGGAAGUGAAGAACUGACGCCAUCCAUUAUUUACCACUGUGUCUUGAGAGGGUUAGAACGGCUCCUCCUUUCCGAACAACUCUCAAGGCUGGAUUGUGAAUCAUUAGUUAAACUGAGUGUAGACAGAGUGAAUGUGCACAGCCCACACAGAGCCAUGGCAGCAUUGGGGUUGAUGCUGACGUGCAUGUAUACAGGAAAAGAGAAAAUAAGUCCAGGGCGAGUUGCAGAUCAAAAUCAAGCAGCUCCAGACAGCGAGUCUGUCAUUGUGGCUAUGGAGAGAGUUUCUGUUCUUUUUGACAGGGUUAGAAAAGGAUUUCCCUUUGAAGCCAGAGUCGUAACUCGGAUUCUCCCUCAGUUUCUUGAUGACUUUUUCCCCCCACAAGAUGUAAUGAAUAAAGUCAUAGGAGAAUUUCUAUCUAACCAACAGCCAUAUCCACAAUUUAUGGCAACUGUAGUAUAUAAGGUAUUUCAGACAUUGCAUACCACUGGCCAGUCAUCCAUGGUCCGUGACUGGGUGAUGCUGUCACUUUCCAACUUCACGCAGAGAACACCGGUCGCCAUGGCAAUGUGGAGUCUGUCUUGUUUUUUUGUCAGUGCUUCCACCAGCCAGUGGAUUUCAGCAAUUCUUCCACAUAUUAUCAGCAGAAUGGGAAAAUCGGAGCAAGUGGACAUAAACCUCUUCUGCUUGGUGGCCAUAGACUUUUACAGACAUCAGAUAGAUGAAGAAUUGGAUCGCAGAGCCUUCCAGUCUGUAUUUGAGGUGGUGGCAUCGCCAGGCAACCCGUAUCAACGCCUUCUAACUUGUUUGCAAAAUGUCCACAAGAUAGCAACGUGCUGAAUCCGGGACAGUGGUGGUAUGAAGAAAUGGAAUAUUGAAACCUGAUGGGUUGAUUGGCAUAUGAGGACAAUUGAACAUUUACAAAUGUCCAGGUCCCGUCCUGGGUUUCGGUUUUGUCAGUUUAUAUUUUUCCAUCUUCCUUUGCAUAAAGCUGAACUACACAAACGACAUUAAAUUGGACAUGGUAUUUACCAGGGUCGUGCUAAAAGAAUGUCUGGUCACAUUUGCUGCAAAGUUUGGGAUAAACUUUAGCAUUACUGUGUAAGAUAACGGACAAGUACUGAACGCCAAGCAACUUUUUAAUGUCAACAUAAGUCACCUUAUUGUUGCUAAUAGUGAACCUGAUUAAUCACAUCCUGUCCCGCAAGGCAAGCUACAGGCAUUUAAAAACCAAAAUGCUUUAGGUCUUUCUUUGUUUUUUUGUAGUUGUACGUAUUCAUUUGUGGCAUAAUACUGACCAGAGGCUUCCCCCCCCCCCCCCUUAAUACGUCUUGUAAAAAGAAAAAAAGAAAGAAAAAGUUUAUACUCAGCAUGUAAUACCGUGUUUGGAUGCUCUCUGACCUUAUUGUCGUGUUCUGGGGUGGGGGUGGGGUGGGGAGAAGAGUAGACAUACAUAACCAUACUUCCUUUUUUACCUCAGGAUUUAAAAGUUCAAACGAUAUAUUGGUUAAAAAAAAACUUCUAUAAAUAUUUCUGUAUCAUGUAUAGGAUGUAAAGAUGUAAAAUGGUGCAGCACAGGAAAAGCACUUGCAGUUUGAAAUUAAUAAGAGCCCCUCUAGCUGAGUAUCUUGACACCAUCCCUCUGUUUCCUAUUGGAUGUUCUUAUAUAUAUAUAUAUUUGAAAAUCACUUUGAUGUACAAGUCAUCUUUAAAGCCCUAUAUUACGUCUCUUGUAUGUCACUAUUUGAAAAACUGGAAUUAUAUAUAUUAGUUUAAAUUGGUUUUAAAUAUCAUUAAUUUUCUGCAGAUGCUUUAGGUUUCCUUUGAACCAGUGAAUGGGGGAAAUAAAUUAGCCACUCCUUUAGUGCAAAACAUUUUUAGGAAAGGAAAUUUUUUUCCUGGUAAGCAACAAAUCAUCAGAUGUUUUUAGAUAAGUCUUUUGAUUGGAAAAAAAUGCAGUCCAUGUACUCUGUAUGCAGAUUAAGAACGA